CUAGCUUCAAUAAAACGAAAUGACCAAAGAAUUCAAUGUGCCGCCGGUGGUGUUCCCCACCGGCAACGGAAUCAGCGUCGGAUACGUCAACCAAAGGCGAGCUCCCAUGGCUCCAUUUCAACCCGCACGCCCUCCAUCUUCCUCCUCCGCUAUACCCUUCUUGUCCUUUGACAUCGGCUCCGCCGCGUCGUCAUCCGGUACCUUCGGCGGCACGAUCUCCGCCUCGGUAGCGUCUGGAUCCGCCUCAUUCGAAGACGAAGAGCCCCUUCUUGACGAACUCGGCAUCCACCCGGACCAAAUCUGGCACAAAACCAAAUCCAUCCUCAACCCUUUCCGGGUCAACCCGAUGGCCUAUAAAGACUCGGAUUUAUCCGGUCCCAUCUUCCUCUACUUAUCCUUCUGCUUGUUCCAACUCCUCGCCGGAAAGAUCCAAUUCGGCGUUAUCCUUGGCUGGAUAGUCGUCUCGUCGAUCUUCCUCUACAUUGUUUUCAAUAUGUUAGCGGGGCGCAACGGCAACCUAGAUCUGCACACUUGUACGAGUGUGGUUGGUUAUUCUAUGUUACCGGUGGUGAUCUUAUCGGCGAUGUCGAUUUUUAUUCCGCAGGGGAGUAACGUCAUUAGGUAUGCAAUAGCGGGAGUUUUCGUAUUCUGGGCCGCUAGGGCUUGCACCAAUUUGAUGGUGGCGCUUGCUGAUGGAGGCGAAGAACACCGUGGUCUUAUCGCGUACGCAUGUUUCUUAAUCUAUACUUCGUUUUCGCUUCUUGUUAUAUUUUAGUUUGAAGCUCAUUUGUCCUCUUUUCUUCAUCAAAGUUGCGUGUGGAUUGUAUGAAUGUAAAAGGUCUUUUUUUUUGUUGUUGAAUUGAACUAAAAUUUACCAGAAUUGCACCUUUUUUUUGCUUGUAGUUGCUUACUGUGAUGCAGUGAACUCCUUCAAUCCUGAAUAUUAAGAAGAUGAACUUGUUUGCAUGGUUUGAAAUAGGGUUUU